UUUCCCUUAAGCUGUAAUGUAAGCCGUCAUACUCUUGAAUAAAUAAGUAAAGUUGGGGAAUGCACAAAACACAAACUAGAAUAUCCAAGUACUGAUAAGGUGGAGGCCAUAAAUUCAGGUGAAGAAGAUAUAAGAAUUAGUAGAAAAAAUACCAAAUGUGAUUUCAAAGUACUAAAUUGUAUUUCAAACUUGAACAAUUUUAUUAAUAAUGGAUCAGAUAAACGAUAAUCAUAGGUACUUUAUUCAAUAUAUGUUAAAAAAUGGAGCCGUCACUGUUGAAGAUGCACAAAAGUACUGUCAGUACGUUAGUCAAGGUGAAAUUAACAACAUAACACAGUUAAAAACUUUGGUAAUUGAAGCAAAUAGAGAAAUAUCUAAUCAAUGUUAUAAAAUAGUUUUCAAUAUUUGCGAAGUAACAAAUAAAAAUUAUCUCCUAUGGCUCAAUACUAAAAAUGAUGAUAUUUCCAGAUUACAAAUAACAUUUUCAGCUUUAGAAUUAGAAUAUUUUCACGCCAUCGUGCAAGAAAUUUUAUUAUCUGAAGAACGUAGGAUAACUUUUAUUGUAUGCAUCAAUAUUACAUCAACUCUCACUUCAUUUUUAUCCAGAGACAAUGGACAAAAAGUACUGAAUAAAUGGAUAAAGGGUGGAUACUUUAUAAAUAAAAGUUAUUAUAUCUAUCUCGGCCCUAGACUUAUUCUGGAAUUUACUUCUUACCUUAAAGUACAUUUACCAGAUUCCAUAUGCACCCUAUGUUCUGAGUUGGUAUUUUGGGGCGAUGUAUGUGAAUCUUGUCAAAAAACUAACCAUUCACAUUGUCUUGGAAAGUACCUCAAGAAACACAAUAAUUGUCCACAUUGUUCAGCUAAUUGGACUUCAACAAGGCGUAGUGAUGAUAAAAAUAGUUUGAACGAAAAUGAUGAGGAUGGUCAGAAUUCUAGAAUGUCUACUUCUAAUGAUCAUAAUUCUGAUAACUCCCAUGAUAAUAUUUCAACCCCCGUAGAAAAGAGAAGGUACUCAUCAAGAAACAUCACUUCAAUGGAAGAUGAUGAUUCUUCAGAAGAUGAUCCAAAUGUACCUGGGCCCAGUACAAGAAAAAAGCAUAAAUAACUUUAUUCUGCUAUUAUUUAAUUGUGCAGAAAAGUGUAGUUAAAUCUACUUGUUAUUGUCAUCGAAUAAGUUGUAUUUUCAUUUUUAGCUUUUAAUAAAACAGAAAAAUAAUUUUA